UUAGAACGAUAGAGUGAUGAGAACAUAAUAUUAUUAUAGUAAUAUAGUCCGAGUCCCGGAUUACGAUCUAUUUCUAUACCUAGUGUCUCAGUCUCACCAUUGUGGUUUUACUACGGAGUUGUACUUUUUUAAACGGCGAUUGUGACCAGAAGACAUCGUUUUUUUAUACAUACUUUUGCGUCGAGUAACUACGCUAAUUCUUCUAUUUAAAUUACAAAUAUUAUAUUAUAUUUGUGCACUUUAGUAUUUCUACUUAAGACGGUAUAUUAUAAUUUAUAAGUAAUAUAGUGGUUACACUAAUAUAGUCGACUACACUGGGGUUUUAAAAAAUAGAAAAAAAUAAAUAUUGUCGCGUUUGAUCUUAAAUCCUACCUUUACGCAUUAGUCGAAAUCGCAAUGGCAGCGUCCAGCUUCAAACACGUCACUGGAGUCUGGGGACAGGAAUGUUCCAGUUCCGAAACUUCGAGCCGCGAUUUGAAAAUUAUCAAACAACUUGAGUUUUAUUUUAGCGAUACCAAUUUGCCAUACGACAAAUUCCUUCAGGCCCAGAUCAAGCAUGACGACGGCUGGGUGCCGAUCAGCGUGCUGUUGACGUUCAAAAUGUUGAAGUCCAUCACCAGAAACUCGGAAGUGAUCGCGUCAGCCGUCAAGAACGCUGUUGACAGUAUCGUGGAAGUCGACGAAACGGACAAAAAGAUCAGACGUAAACCAAAAAUCGUUGCGCCCGUCCCUGAACGCAGUUUGUUCAAGGAAAUUGUCGAACGGUCAAUUUACUGCAGCGGUUUCCCGAGGACGGCCACCGUAGAUGAACUUUUGGAAUUCGCUGAGACCUUUGGUGACAACGUUAUUACGAAAACCACUCCUAUGAGAUUCAAAACCAAAACGUUUAAAGGUUCCCUUUAUUUUACGUUCAGCACUAAAAGUGAGGCGGAAAAGUUUUUAGAAAGAAAAUCUGUCGAAUACAAUGGUGUUGAAAUAGAGCGUAUGUGGGAAAGUGAUUUUUUAGGAAAUUACAAACACAAAGCUUAUAGCCCAUUUAAUUAUGAAUAGUAUUUCUAAUGUUAUGGUACAUUUUAUACAAAAACAUUACAUCAUUACAAAGGUAAAUUAAGUUUAUUUUAUUUGUUACUAUAAAUUGAUUUCUUUAUCGCCAUAGACGGUCAGUUAUUUUAGUUUUAUUAUUUUAAAUCCGUACUUUAUUACUUAUUAUUACAUGUAGUUGUAAAUGUUUGAUAAUAUUAUAAGUUUAGCCAGAUAGGUUAUUAUAUAUUAUCUUUUAUAUUAUAUUGUGUUUUUAUAUUUUUUAAUAAAUCAUUCAAUUUAAAGAACUUAGAACAAUAAUAUUGUAGUGUAAUGAUUGUAAUAAAAUCGAGUUAGAAUUUUACUCAUAAUUAGACUUUCACGUAAUUUGGUCGGUUCAAUAUAAUCCAAUGAUAAUUACCCACACGGCCACGAUUUUAGAUACUAUCUAAUAAAUAGGUAUUUCUAUUUAUCUUCUACGAGUACAAUACAAAAUAUCCGAUGAACUUAGUAUUUUCUGAUAUCUCUAUAAAAUAAUGUUAUUUGCAUCAGUAUGAUUAAUUUAAAUAUCUAUUUUUGAACAUGUCCUAUAAAACUUUUUUAGCCACAUGUAGAUAUCAUUCUUAGAAUCCUAUCAUCUUCAUUAUAACACUAAAAU